AUGAAAUUUAAAUUAUUAACAUUAUUUAUAGUUGUAUUAUUACUAGCAUCAAAUUGUUGUGGUUCUCAUCAUGGAAAAGGAUCAAAGAGAAAAGCAGAACCAGGAGAAUUUGAUUUCUAUUUAUUUGUGACACAAUGGAUUUAUUCAUAUUGUACACAAGGACAAAAAUGUUUACCUUCAAAAAUUCGUUCAGCAUUUACUAUUCAUGGGUUAUGGCCCAAUAAUAACAAUGGAACUUAUCCAUCAUUUUGUAAAGGUGCAUCGUAUUCAUCGAGUGCUAUUCAAGAUAUACUCGUUGAAUUGGAUCAGGAUUGGCCAUCACUCUUUGCACUAAAUAAUAAUGAUUUUUGGGAUCAUGAAUGGACCAAACAUGGCACUUGCUCUGUUGUCGGUCCCAUCACUGACCAAUACGACUACUUUGCUGCUUCCAUCAAGACUCUAUACAAUCAUAAUAUCACUUUGGCUCUUGAAGAGUCCAAUAUCUAUCCAAGCGAUACCCAACCAGUCAACAUUCAAUCGUUUAGCGAUGCCAUUCAACAUUCUUUCAAUGCCAAACCACUCGUCCAAUGCUACAAGGAAAAUAUCUCACAGGUCGCCCUUUGUAUGGACAAGGAUUUGAAUUUAAUUGAUUGCCCUCCUGCAAAGGGUUUCACUUGUCAAUCUUCUUCUGCUUAUUGGCCAAGUACUCUUCAUAAAUAA